AUGGAAGAGGUUGGUGAAGAUUACUUCCUUGACUUGGCAUCAAGAUCAUUGUUGGAACAAUCAAGUGACAAUAAAUCAGGUUUUGUAAUGCAUGAUCUCGUCAACGACUUGGCCAAAUUCGUAUCUGGGAAAUUUACCUGUAGAUUGCAUAUUGACCAUUCUCCUGAAACUAUGAACGAGACUCGCCAUUUGUCAUAUUUGAGAAGAAGAUAUGAUAGCUUUAUGAAGUUUGAGGUUCUUUGUGAGGCUACUCGAUUGCACACAUUCUUAGCAUUGGAGUUGUCACCAAACUAUGGUUACUUUUUCUUAAGUAAAAGAGUACCACUUAAUUUAUUGCCAAAAUUAAGAUGCUUGCGGGUGCUCUCUUUAUCCCAUUACAAAAAUAUGACUGAGUUGCCUGAAUCAAUUGGCAAAAUCAAGCAUUUACGUUACUUGAACAUUUCUUCCACUGCAAUUAAAAGGUUACCCGAUUCCAUAUGUAAGUUGUGCAAUUUGCAAACAUUGAACUUAUCAUUUUGUUAUGGUAUUGCUGUAUUACCAAGAGAUAUGUGGAAACUCACUAACUUACAUCAUCUUGAUAUUGCCGGAACUGCCAUAAAGGAGAUGCCAAUGCAAUUGGGUAGACUAAAAUGUCUACAGACUUCAAGUAAAUUUAUCAUCAACAAACAUAGUGGGGCAUGCAUGGAAGAGUUGGGGAAACUUGCAAAUCUUCGAGUAAAGUUAUCUAUUUCAGAGCUUCAAAGCGUCGUAUCUCCUAUGGAUGCUCUGAAAGCAUGCUUGAAAGAUAGGAAGUACCUUGAGGAGUUGGUGUUGGAAUGGAAUGGAUUGGGUACUAAUAUUUCAGAAUGUCAAAGAUCUGUACUUGACAAUCUUCGGCCCCAUAGUAACUUGAAAAGUCUCACUAUCAACGACUAUGGCGAUAAAAGUUUUCCAGAUUGGGUUGGGCAUCAUUCAUUCUCUAAUAUAGUGUCCCUUCACCUAAACAAUUGUAAACAUUGUCCCAACUUGCCACCACUUGGUCAGCUACCCUCUUUGCAGAACCUCUAUGUUGUUGGGUUUGAAGGAGUUGUUAAAGUGGAUUAUGAGUUUUAUGGCAGUGUUUCUUCAUCAAUUAAGCCAUUUGGAGCCUUAAAAGUUUUAAGGUUCGAGCAAAUGUUGAAGUGGGAGGAAUGGUCUUCUUUCGGGGUCGAAAACGAAGGUGAAGCUUUCCCUCAACUUGAAGAGCUUUAUGUUGAUGACUGCCCUAAAUUAACAGGAGGGUUGCCCGUCCAUCUUCCUUCUUUAACCAAACUUGAGAUUCGUAAAUGUCCGCACCUAGUGGACAUUGUAAUGAGGUUCUGUUAA